CGUGGCCGUCAACACUUGUCCGCCACACUCUGUCGCGCGCACAACAACACACCAUCAUACUACGCUCCUCCACAUCACCAUUCGCGAAAACACCCGCAGCAACACCCGCGCCGCAAUAACCAUGAACUGCAAGAUCUUGAUCGCUCUGUGCUGCGUGGCGGUGUACGCCGCACAGGCCAAUCCCGCCGGCGCGGCCACAGCCACCGCGGCCGCCGACGACGAGAUCAAGGAUUUCCCGGCAUACAUGAAGCGGUUCGACAAGCUCAACGUGGAACAGGUUUUGAACAACGACCGCGUCCUGGCCAGCCAUCUCAAGUGUUUCCUCAACGAGGGUCCGUGCGUCCAGCAGUCCAGGGACCUGAAGAGUGAGUGACCAAAAAAAUCAUAAUUAUUAAACGAU